UCAGUCCGAUGACUUUUUCUACUUGAAUCUGAGAGAAUCUCUCCAAUCCUCAACAUAUUUUUGAGACAUUUAUCACUUAUCAAUAUUUUUUUUGUUAAAACAAAUUAAUCAUUGUGAAACGAAGGUCUGAGGAGGAAAUAUAGAGUGUGAAGAUAAUCUAAAUGAUCAUUUUCGGGAUUUUUUUGGAGUCGAAAAAUAAUUUUCGUUAGAAUGAACCAAAUUUUGAGAUGAGGAGAUAAUGGAGGAGAUUAAAAAAUGGAGGUGCUGCCCUUGGAUGCGGCAUUCGACGCAAAAUUUAGUGGUGACUGGGUUAGCUAAUAAAAAAAAGACCAACAAGGGGAAAAAGACUGAAGGUGAGCAGCAGAUUUAUAGGAGACUGACUCAAGUGAGAAAGGAUGCGAUUUUUGGUGCUGCACAAGUGACUAAGGACGAGGAGAUCCCUAUUUUCAGAAAGACUAUUGAGGAGAAGAAGAGGAUAAUCGACGCAAUAAAGCGCAAUAAUUUCCUGUACAAGAUGGAGGAUCACCAGGUGGACAUGAUAGUGUCCACGAUGUACCCUAGACUCUUCCCAAAAAAGACUAAAUUAAUAAAGGAAGGAGAUAUUGGUCAUCACUUGUACGUUUCCGAGACAGGAGAGUUUGAGAUCUUCAAGGGGGGCGAGUUCCAGGGUAGUUUUGGGCCUGGAGUUGCCUUCGGGGAGCUAGCCUUGCUGUACAAUGUGAAAAGAGCGGUCUCAGUCAAUGUGAAGGCCGGGGGUAAGGUCUGGGUGUUGGAACGUGUGGCAUUCGUCGCGGCGAGAAUCAAGAGCGCUCAGGAAACUGUUGAGAGCAAUAUUGAGGCGCUCAAAAAAAUUUCCCUGCUCAAGGACCUCCCGCGGCACGUUUUAUCGAAGAUAUCGGACCUAAUGAACGUGGAGUUCUUCACCGCAGGGUCCUACAUCCUUAAGCAAGGUCAUGUGGGAGAUAAGUUCUAUAUAAUCAACUGUGGAAACGUAAAAAUCACAAAAACUCAAGAUAAUGGUGAGGAAGUGACCCUCGCGGUGCUCGAAGGGGGCGACUACUUCGGGGAGAAGGCGCUGUAUGAGUCAGGUGGUAACAAGAGACAGGCGAAUGCCAUUGCAGAUGAUCGAGGAGCCGAGUGUCUGGCUAUUGAUCGAAGAACAUUCCUGAAUUAUCUGGGUGACCUGGAGUCGAUAAAAAAACGCGACUGGAAGUCAGAGUACGAGAUGAGGAAACGAUCCCUGCAAGUUCAAUGGAUAAGUGACUACCCCGACGUAAAAUUAUCCGAUCUCGAGGUAAAAGCUGUCAUCGGUGAAGGAAGCUUCGGCAGAGUUCAAUUAGUCACAACUAGAUCAAUUCCAAAUGUUAGUUUUGCACUGAAAAAAAUUAAAAAGAAUCUCGUUAAGAAUUUGGACCAUCAGAAGUAUAUUCUGGACGAGAAGUACAUCAUGAAGGCGUGCAAAUCUCAUUUUAUAUGUCGGCUUCAUCAGACGUACAAAGACGCGAAAUAUGUCUACUUUCUCAUGGAGGCUUGCCUCGGUGGCGAUUUAAGGACACUUUUGUACAGAAACUGCAAAUUCAACAAUUCAGCAGGAAAAUUCGUCACUGCCUGCACGAUCGAGGCACUCGAUCAUCUGCACUCUCAAGAUAUUGUUUACAGAGAUUUGAAGCCAGAUAAUAUUUUGUUGGAUUCUCGGGGUUACGCUAAACUGACUGAUUUUGGAACGAGCAAGAGAAUAGGUCCGUAUAAGACCUGGUCAUUCGUGGGAACUCCUGAAUAUAUGGCACCUGAGAUUAUUCUAGAGGAGGGACAUGACAGAGCUGUUGAUUAUUGGUCCCUGGGUAUCACCAUAUUUGAGCUACUGACAGGUCAUCCGCCCUUCGAUGACGAGGACAGAGUGACACUGUAUCAUAAAAUAGUAGACGGAGUAGACUCUACACAAAUGCCAGGACUAAAAACCAGUGCUCAGAGUAUUAUAAAGAAAUUAUUGCGUCCUAAACCGGUGGAACGACUGGGUUACCUGAGGGCGGGUAUUAGUGACAUCCGAAACCACCACUGGUUCUCCCACUUCGACUGGAAGGCCCUGCGUAACCAGACCCUACGGUCUCCAAUAAUUCUCAAGUUGAAUGGUCCCGUGGAUACCAGACACUUCGACAAGUACCCCCUGGAGCGCGAGGUAGCGGCCAAUGACUUCUCCGGAUGGGACACGGACUUUUGAACUCUGAAAAAAUGCCAAUAAUUGAAAAAUCUGCAGACAUUUCGUUGCUACAAUUAUUAAUUUCACAUUAAGCGAUCCAUUGAGCGACUUUUGACAUAUCAUGAACAUUGUUGCUUUGAUAACCCUCAUGAUUACAUAAUACCGCCUUAAAUACUGCGUAUCGCUAAUAUUUACUCCUCGAAUUAAUCCUAAAUAAUAAAUAAAUUCAUAUCUAAAUACCUAACAUUUAUCAUUUCCAACGACACAAAAAAAUUGUAUUCUAUAGGAUUAAUUGACGAAGUCUGAAUAUGGAUUUUUCUGGUAAUUACAAGUUGCGAAUAAAUUAAUGAG